CUUUUCGACGGAUUUUCAGCAGAAAAAGAAAUUCAGAUUAACACACAUCGCAUAUUCAAUUCGAAUCCGACUCUACUAUUAUGCAAUUUAUAAAUCCAGUCAAAAUUUAGGCGAAAUGAAGACAAUAUUAAGCAACAUUCUCGUAUUUAGCUAUUUUUCUUCUUCUAAUUUUACUGCUUCUAGAAUUUGUCUUCAUUGGUUUCCCCCCAGUGUGGAAGAAAUGGAGGCGAUCAGGCCGUGAGCGGAAACGAGGCCUGAUGUAUCGAGCGAGGUUACAUUUUAAACUUUUAAGUUGUUGUUGCUAUUUUGCGAGGCGGUUUGAGGGAGAAAGUAGUUCAGAUUUGGUAGUAAAUAUAUCGAUUGUUUUCGCAUUAUUAAGGAUAAUGGCACACAAUCUAUCACAUUGGCUAGAUAAGGUAUCCAGUGAUAUCUCCAAAGCACGAGAACUAUCAGAUGUUGCAUCGAAAAACGACCCAGAAACUAAUCCAUACAAGUCGAAGUAUGAAGCAAGGAAGAUUCUAAAAGAUGUUCUCGCAGACCUGGAAGAGCAAAAUGAUGUCGGGCAGAUAAGAGAGGGAGAUGAUGCUGAUGAUCGUGGAGUUAAAUGGGAUUCAGAAGAAGAAUGCAUCAGAAAACCUUUGCAGCCAGCAGUUUAUUUUGCUGCCUUGGAGUACGAAUUGGCUGUGAACUUUGUUGAAACUGAGGAAAUACCAACAGGAGAGGAGCAUUUUGACUCUAGUUUGAACUAUCUGAAGAAUUUUAACCCUCACAGUCCAUGUGUCAUAAGCCUUAUGAUUGCAGUGAAGUGCCAGCAAGGCAUUCUAUGGUCAAACAGGUCAGAUCACACCAAGGCAUUGAUCUUUAUUCAGGAAGCAGAAGCUCUAUAUGAAAAAUACAAGGCAUCAGUGGGUAAUGCACCUCUAUUUUAUAAAGAUAUUUUAGUUAUGAAUGAACAAAAGGAUGCAUCGACACCCAAAGAAAGAGAAUCAGAGUUUGAGAAGCAGCAUACUCUUACACUCUACUACAUAGCACAAUCGUACAGUAAUCUUGGCAAGAGAGAGGAAUCUGGCAAGUAUUGUCACAUCACCCUCUUGCGACAGAUGGAAACAGCACAAUAUGACCCUCAAGACUGGGCACUAAACUGUGCCACUUUGGGGCAAUACUAUAUAACAAAAGAUAAGUAUAAUUUCUCAAGAUACUGUUUAGCUUGUGCAUCAAGAAUUGGAGAAGAGGCAUUGUCAAAAUUCAACCCUGAGAAUUAUGAGGAAGGAGAGAGACAAAGGGCAGAGGAUAAAGUACAUAAGAUGGAAGCAGAUAUCGCAAGAUGCUGGGCAAAGUAUUGUCUUAAUCUGCUAAUAGCUUCCCAUGAGUUCAAGAUUGAAAAUUCUGAUGAAUCUGGUAUGGUGGCGCAACCUUCUAAUGCUAGUGAAGAUUCAUCCUCUGAAGAUGAUUUGAAGCAUCUAAGAUUCAAAGGCAUUGAGGUCACAUCCCUUGAAGAAGAAGUUACUGAUAAACUGGUAAAAACAUAUGAUGAAGCUAGGAAUGUUUUUCUUUGUGGACAAAAGUGGUUACAAAAAGCAAAAGAAUUUUAUAUUUUUGAUGGAUAUGUUUCAGAUUUUGUGGAGAUAAACCAAGAUUUAAGCCAACUUUUCAAAUACCUAGCAUUUUUUGAUGACAGUUUUGAAAGAAGAUGCAAAAUGCAUAAACGGAGAAUCGACCUGUUAAAUGCACCACUUAUUGAGCUAAACCCAAAGCACUUUCUCCAGAUUUGCAGGCAGUUGACAUUUGAAAUUGCAGAAAUUUAUUCAUUCAUGGCAGAUUUGAAAAAGGCCAUAUUGGAGCAGGAACCCUCAAGACUUAGUGCUGAGAGUGUAAAUAAAUUUAACAGGUUGCUUGCACAAGGGAUAAAAUAUUAUCAAGGAUUUAUUGAUUCUUAUAUACAUAUGGACAAGCAACCUGAAAAAUAUGAAGAUGAUGCUGUUAGAGGUGUCCUUCUUUCUCAUUUUUACAUGGCAAGACUGCAUUCAAAAUAUUUAUCACCAGACAAGAGAAUAAAAGCAGAGUAUUUACAGAAGGAAAAAGAUUUGUAUGAAGCAAUUGUCAAGUAUUGUGAUAGCCAUCCAGACAUGCCCAAUGUGUUUGAGGAGGAACUCUCAUUGAGUAGAGAAAUGAUUUCCCUUUUCCCUGCAAAACUUAAUCAACUGCUUGACUCUUAAAAGUGGAGGUACUUCAGACAAAGCUCACAUGAUGUUUAUUGAAAUCUAAGAUUGACAAUCCUGACUAGUCUAAUUUUUAAAACAAACGCUUAACUUGCUUAAAUUUAUUCUGCAUGAUAUGCUUUGCUAUCACUUUUAAUUCUGCAUUUUUGAUGUGGUGUUUCACCAUUAAAGGUACUAUGGCUAACAAUACUGCCCUCUUUGGUUAAGCUUCUGGUUACAAGCCUUGAAAAAAUAUCAAAUAGAUUUCAAAUGGUGAUGGUUGGUUGGUUGGUUGUUUGGUUGGUUGAAGUGGUUGACUGGUUGGUUGGUAUGGUUGGUUGGUUGGAUAGUUGGUUGACACCUCAGCUACAGUAUCUUUUGCUUUGUACUUUGUGCAUAAUUAAUGAGAAGUUAUCUGUAUGGGUUUUUAUUUUUGUCUACACAUAUGUAAUGUUUGUUAUAAGUAAAUUUGUAGUUGUGUUCUGGGGGUACCCAAAUUUUCAAAUGACACGCUGUCAAGAGAAUAAACAGACUGUCAUCUGCAGUAAUCCUAAACAUGCUGGAAGUACAGUAGUACUUUGUACCAGAUAAAUUUAGCUGAGCAAUCAAUUUCAGUCAAUAAAUUGAUUUAUCAGAUAAAAAAUACUUGAGUUUAUUUUUUGUGUCAUUUAUCAAAAGGCCAGGCAAAUUACGAUUUGCUUAGCUUUUCAUACUUAAAAAUUCAUUUGUGAAUUGGCAACCUGCUAUGUAUUAUAUAAAGUCAGUCAACCAUUGUACCUGAAACCUAACAGUAAAAAGAAAUACAGUAUCUUUUGCAGACAAGAAGCAAGGUUGCUCUUUGUGUGUAAUUAUUUGUUGUUUUUUUCAGAUGGAGAUCAAAUUUAGCUCUAAUAAAGCAACCCGCCUAAUCAAUUUCAAAUAUUUUAGGUCACAACUUUUUUGGAGAAAAUUGAGAGGGACAAUAUUAAAACAUAAGCUGUUUUUCCAUCUACGUUGCAUCUGCAGGUGGCCCAUUCCUGUUUUUAAUUUGUCUCGUGAGCAGGGUCACUUUUAACUGUUAGCUCUAGUUCAUUGGGUAGUAAAAGAGAACAAAGUGACUUGAGGCUAUUAGAAUCAAAAGUUGCUUGGGUAGAGCUGUUGUGCUGCAAGUCUUCUUGACAAUGUGAAAGCUGAUAGGCAGCUCUUCGUUAAAAAGAAUUCGAGAAUUGAAUUAGGGAAGGUCUAACAUUCAGGGCCUGCCAAUAUGAUAGAGGGUACUCUGGCAAUAAGUCUUCUCAUAACUCAGAUGCUUGUACCUAAAUCCAAAAUGUCAAACAAAACUAAUAGAAUUCAACGUGACAGACCAUUAAACAGGAGGGUAGGGUUGACAAGAAAAUGAGAAACAUUAAAUUCCAACGGAUGAUUGCAAAAAUAGAGUAGUAGAUAUAGAAAAUGAGCUGCAAAAUUCCCGAUAGACUCUGAAGAAAAGAAAAGGAAGAAUGCCACAAAAAGGAUUUUUUAUGUUUCUUCUCUUAUGCUAAAAGCAGUCUACUCUUAGGUGUCUAAUUGCCGCCCCUCCCGCUAAUUAAUUUUUGAAAAUUUUCACAACCCCUCCUCCGCUCUUAUUAAUAACUGUAGUGAAAAAAAUCAAAACUUCUGCGAUUUAUUUACCCCGUAUAUUUUUUAACUAAAAGCCACUUAUCAAAAGGCAAGAAGAAGAUCGAUUGCAAACAAAUAAAGAGGGAACUCAAUGAGCUCUACACAAGAACAGAACGAUGGGCUACCACUUCUUCAAGCUGCUGCUUCAAAUGAAGUGGAAGAAUCGCAUAUUUCGGUGUCUAUUGACACAGAUUGUUUCACAACCAUAGCAAUGCCUCAAACUGGAGAGUAUUGGGAGGUAAAAUAUGGUUCACGUACAAUGUUUGUAAUUGUAAUGAAAGCUAAUCCUUUAUCAGUGUGUUAUUUUGAAUCAUGCAGCAGAAACAAUUCAUUUCGCCUUAAUGUUUUGAAGGCACGAAGUUUGAAGUAUGCUUAGAAGACUUGGUGCGCAAGUUACCCGAGCCCAUAAUAAUUCCUAUCGGCAAAAACUGUUGUUUUAUCAAUUUUCUUAGCUUAUAAACUUUUUGCAUAAUCAUUUGUUCUGUCGAUAUGGUUUCUGUAAAAAACUGAUUUUAAGUGCAUUUCGAGUAUUCAGUAUAUGUAACUUCAAAAUUUAGACCCCCCGUUAAUUGGAACCCCCACCAGUUAAUUUUGAACAUAAAAUCCGACCUCCCCCGUUAAUUCUGACCCUCACGGCCAAUAAGCACCUAAGAGUAAAUUGAAACCCGAUGUUGGGCCUCUGAAGGAAAAUUGAUACACGAUAACUCUGAUGUGGCCGAAUCAUUUGCAACGCAAUUUUCUUUAGUUUCCAUUCAUCUGAUCAGGAUUUGCUAAAAAUUCAGCCAACAUUAUUUUGAAAUACAUGACAUUUUCUGUUCGGGAGAUGAAUCAUGCCCGUCUUCCAGACAUGCACUAGCCCCCACUAUAGGGUCAUUGCACCUGCGCAUUAUCACUUGAAGCCCUGAGGGGGAGGGGGGGAGGUGUGUGGUCCCAGACAAAACUGCUUUGUGGAUACUGUUAUGAAUGCACCUGUGCUAUGACCCUGCAACACUGAUUGGUUUAAGACGGUAUUGUUUCGAAACAAAGGACUGAAGGUUUUGUCUCCGGAACAAAUUUACCUGACUAAUGACAACUUUUUUAAAGGACUAAGUGA